AUGUUCUUUGUGACUCAUGGUCAACGUGGUUUUCUGUAUUUGUUCUCACGGACAAAACUAAACGAGUUUUGUACAAACAUACAAUCUUCAGGAGCGGAUUUAUUUGCCAUUACGGAAACAAGCUGCAAUACAUCCAUAUAUAACGCGGAGUUGGUACCACCGAGCUACAAUAUACUAAGAUGUGACCGGGCGGAUGGACGUAAACAAGGAGGUGCGCUUCUCGUGGCCACAAACAGGUUUGAGCUACGACGCGUAUCGCUACCGGGGGAUGUCAUAAUAGAUAAAUGUACCUUCGAACUACUUUGUGCGACCGUACAUAAACAUAACAAAUAUUUAUUUUUGUGUUGCGUUUUGUAUAUACCACCUGACGGUAAUGAAAAUGAAUAUAUGCUAUUGUUUAGAUUAUUAGAACAGUUGUGUACUAAGUAUAAGGAUAUGAUUGUAAUAGGUGACUUCAAUCUAUACUCUUGUAAUACACAUACAAUUAAUUAUUAUGAGUAUUUUGUUUCUUUUUGUGAACUCACACAGAGAAAUGAGGUGCCAAACUGUAACAAUAGGUAUUUGGAUCUAGUGCUGUGUUCAUUGAGUCUAGGUGAGAGUGUGAGUGUCAGUCGGGCCGACGAGGCGCUCGUGUCGAUAGAUAGGCACCACCCACCGCUAGUCAUUUGCGUUCCGCAGGUAAGGAAACAGGCGACCGCUACUAGUGUGCCAGAUAUAUCUCAACCGCUGCUAAGUAUACAACAAAAUGACGACUUAUGGCCGCAGUGGAAUUUUUAUAAAGCAGAUUUUAAUAAGUUGUAUUAUAUGUUAAUGAUGCACGACUGGUCUCCUAUCUACAGUAUAGGGGAGGCAGAGGAUAUUCUGAAUUAUUUUUAUGGUGUUAUGUAUAGUAUUUUAGAUGAUUGUGUUCCCAGGAAACAGCGAUGCAGUGUAAAUUCUAGGUACAAUUACCCAGAGUGGUACACAGCUGAAAUUAUUCGCAACAUAAAAUUAAAAGCACUGCUGCACAAGCAAUACAAAAUUAGUGGUUUGUCAAGUGAUUACGAAAUGUUCGCCCAGUGUAGGGCGACGGUUAAACAGAUGAUAACAUCAACCCAUGAAAAAUACCAGGAUAAUGUGCAACGCAAUAUCACGAGAGAUCCCAAAUCUUUUUGGGAUUAUGUAAGAUGUAAAAAAGGUUCUGUUAAUCAUAAAACGAUUACUAAAAACGGUAAUAAUUUAGCGGAGUCUGAAUGUGCGCACGAAUUUGCGAAUUUUUUUAAAUCGGUCUACAGUCCGCGGAUAGCAAAAUUAGACUGGGAGGCGGCCGUCGCGGAGAGCGGGGUGAGCAGUGCCCGAGUACAUAUUGCAAGUUUUGACGCGAAUCAGGUGAGGGAGGCAUUAAUAAAGCUGAAACCAAAGCGCUCCGCGGGACCGGAUGGCAUACCGGCAUUUAUCAUUAGGGACUGUAGGGAUUUUCUAACGUACCCACUUCUUUAUUUAUAUAAUACUUGCUUUGAGUCGGCCUGUUUCCCGGAACGCUGGAAACUUACACGGGUGAUACCAGUACCUAAGGGUGAAGGAUAA